AAUAUUAACUGUUUUUGUUCAAUGUGGUGUAAAUAGUCACUUGUUAUACAGGGAUAUACCUUGUAAUUAGAGAAUUACAAGGUAUUAUCGCCAGUAACAGCGGUCAUUGAGCAGUGUAACAUAUGUAACGGGAAUGAUUGGCUAGCAUGCAGAUUUCUGUUGAUCAAAUAGCAUAUAAUGCAACCCCAAAAGCCGUAGUGUGUACAGAUUUGAAACCUGGCAGUCCUUAGAGUGGGUUUCCAUUUUGUGGACCUUAGCUUGCAAACAAUGUUGAACACUAUUUUAAGAGCCUUUAUAAUUUUUGCUGUGGCUCAUUCAACAUGGGGUACUUAUAUAAAUCUCUAUAAUGAUGGAACAAGUGGAUCUGACACUUCUGGAACGUCUGACAGUUCAUCCGGGGAUUCUAAUUUUGGAAGCUGGGAUGCCUCGGGUGAAUUAAAUGGUGGAAGUUUAAUUGCUGAUUCGGCAACCGUCAGAACAGCGGAGAAUUCGCUAAGCAUUCAAUCUUCUGGAUCUCACACGUCCGACGACCAAUCUAACUCUGCCGAUACUAGUAGUGGGUCGAGAAGCGAUACUAGUAGUGGGUCGGGAAGCGAUACUAGUAGUGGGUCGGGAAGUAAUGAUGGAACAUCUGACAAAACAAGUUCGCAAAAUUUUGGGACGUCUGAUAUUGGAAGCUGGACUCCUUGGGGUGAAUUCAAUGGUGGAAGUUUAAGUGCUGAUUCGGCAACCGUCAGAACAGCGGAGAAUUCGCUAAGCAUUCAAUCUUCUGGAUCUCACACGUCCGACGACCAAUCUAACUCUGCCGAUACUAGUAGUGGGUCGAGAAGCGAUACUAGUAGUGGGUCGGGAAGCGAUACUAGUAGUGGGUCGGGAAGUAAUGAUGGAACAUCUGACAAAACAAGUUCGCAAAAUUUUGGGACGUCUGAUAUUGGAAGCUGGACUCCUUGGGGUGAAUUCAAUGGUGGAAGUUUAAGUGCUGAUUCGGCAACCGUCAGAACAGCGGAGAAUUCGCUAAGCAUUCAAUCUUCUGGAUCUCACACGUCCGACGACCAAUCUAACUCUGCCGAUACUAGUAGUGGGUCGAGAAGCGAUACUAGUAGUGGGUCGGGAAGCGAUACUAGUAGUGGGUCGGGAAGUAAUGAUGGAACAUCUAACAAAACAAGUUCACAAACGUCUGGUGAUUCUAAUAUUGGAAGCUUGACUUCCUCGGGUGGAGUUAAUGGUGGAAGCUCAGGUUCAGGAUCAAGAUCGUCGGCGAGUCAAUCUAAUAGUUCAACGGGAAGUACCGGUGGAACUUCUGACAAAACUAGUUCUAUCAAAUCCGAUACUAGUGAGUCCUCUAGCAGCGAUACUAACAGUGCGACGGGAAGUAAUGAUGGAACAUCUAACAAAACAAGUUCACAAACGUCUGGUGAUUCUAAUAUUGGAAGCUUGACUUCCUCGGGUGGAGUUAAUGGUGGAAGCUCAGAUUCAGGAUCAAGAUCGUCGGCGAGUCAAUCUAAUAGUUCAACGGGAAGUACCGGUGGAACUUCUGACAAAACUAGUUCUAUCAAAUCCGAUACUAGUGAGUCCUCUAGCAGCGAUACUAACACACCAACUCAAGAACCCGUGAAAAAUGUUACAACUACACCUGGAAGUACGACAAAACCCCCUAUUACAACCGUAAUUACCACAACCAAACCUCCAAUAAAAGGUAUGGAUAGUUCUUUUAUAUAAUACAAAACAUCAUGUAGCUUAAUAAAUUGUAUUAUAGUCCAUUAAAAUAUCAUAUUUAAUGUAAACAAUCCAUAGUCACAUAAUGAUUUCAUAUUACAAUAGUAUCAUCAGAUAUAAAGAUUAUAGGAAAAUAAAUCUUUAAUAUGAACUACACCUUUGCAAUGGAGAAUACUCUUCAAAACGCGUAUGUCAGGAAAAUAAAUUCGUGGUGCUGAAAAUCCUUUGUUGGUUAAGAUAGAAGGAAACACAUGGGAAUGGAUAACAGCGAAUGUGAGCCAGAUAUUUUGCAAUGUAAGUACAACAUCUAUAAUGUUAUAGUAAUCUAUAUUGUGCAAUGUUUUAGGUUUCUAACAUUAGUUAUCAUUUUUGUUAUGUCUAUAAAUAUGUACCAUUUAAUGCCAAUAAAAUUUAUGCUAUAUUAUGUUUUUAUUCCAGAAAGUUCUUCUUCAUUGAAACGGAUAGUUCUUUUCGUGGGUAUAGUUUUAUGAAAAAAGAGGAGUAUUCAAAUGGAAGGGUUUACCAUAUAUAUAAAAUAGACGUGAUAAAAUGUUUUGUUUAUUGUUAAUUGUUGAAGGUUUUCCAUUCGUGAACUUUUCUAUAACUUAAAAAAACUCCUACACUUUACUAAGAGUUUAUACAAGAAUGUGCCAAUACUUUUCCCGGUCUAUCAAA